UCAGUUUCCAAACUCUACUCACCGUCUCGAGUAUCGAAUUGCUUCGGAUUUUGAACCAAGUCAUGGGUGUCGUUGAAAAGAUCAAAGAAAUCCAAGAGGAGAUGGCGCGGACGCAGAAGAACAAGGCGACGGAAUACCACUUGGGUCUGCUAAAGGCGAAACUCGCGCGCUAUCGGGCACAGCUUCUCGAACCCACCACGAAAUCUGGGCCAGCCGGAGUCGGGUUCGAUGUCCAAAAAGCUGGAGAUGCGCGAGUCGCUCUCAUCGGUUUCCCGUCUGUGGGCAAAUCUACUUUGCUCAGCAAGACGACUCACACCGCGUCCGAAGUCGCGUCAUACGAGUUCACGUACGCGAUCCUGCCACCCUCCCAGAUCGAAAGCUCAUACCUCGGCGCUAGUACUUUGACCGCAAUCCCCGGUGUCAUUGAGUACGAAGGAGCGCGAAUCCAGCUGUUGGAUCUUCCAGGGAUCGUCGAAGGUGCCGCGCAGGGCAGAGGACGAGGUAGACAAGUGGUUUCUACUGCCAAGACGGCGGAUUUGAUUGUGAUGAUGCUGGAUGCAACGAAAUCAGAAGAGCAGAGGAAUCUUCUUGAGAUCGAGCUGGACGCAGUGGGCAUCAGAUUGAACAAACACAAGCCAGACAUUGUCUUCAAGAAACGCACCACCGGUGGGAUCACCUUCACCACCACCGUCAAGCUCACGAAAACAGACGAGAAGACAAUCCGUACCAUCCUCGCAGGCUACAAACUACACAACUGCGACGUCAUGAUACGGGAGGACAUCACAACGGAUGACUUUAUUGACGUUCUGAUCGGAACUAGGAAAUACAUUCCUUGUCUCUAUGUAUACAACAAAAUCGACGCCAUCAGUCUCGAGCAAGUGGACAAGCUAGCGCGGACGCCCAAUACGGUGGUCAUAAGCUGCGAGAUGGAUCUCAACCUCGACUAUCUCAUCGAGCGAAUGUGGGCUGAGUUGAACCUGGUCAAGGUGUACACGAAAAAACGCGGUGAUCAUCCGGAUCUGACGGAUCCUAUCUGUCUGAGAGCGGGGGCGACCGUCGAGGAUGUGUGCAAUGGAGUGCAUCGGUCACUGGCCACCAACUUCAGAUACGGGCUUGUCUGGGCAAGCCGCUGUUCCUUCUAUGCGUCACUCGCACCCACUCAUGCUAUUCACAGGGCCGAUCGAGCAAGUUUGCACCGCACGCACAGAAAGUCGGCCUUUCUCAUCAAGUGCAAGACGACGAUGUUGUAUCCACCUGUCUGCGUGUCAGAACCGCCAUCACGCGCUGCGUCUGCUAACAGAAACACACACCUGGUCCGUCUCUAUCUGGUGUAUCCACCCGGUGAUCUUCGUGCCCUUCAUGAUAAGCGGGCUGGACUUCAAGAACUCGACGUCGUCGCGGACAGACUGCUCGAGGUCCGAGAACUCAAGGAAGUCGAUCCCGUCGACCUGCUGCGCGCACACAUGGUCGCCGGGGCUCGCCCACUUGACGAGCUGCUUGAGCUCCGCACCGUUGAACGUGACCAUCCCGCAGCCCGUGUGGUGGUAGACCGCGAUCUCGCGCGUGCCGAGCAGGCGCUGGGAGAUGAUCAGGCUGCGCAACGCGUCCUUCCUGCGAACAACGAAGAGCGCGUCAUGUCAGCCGCCGCGUCGUGUGCAUGGGAGGGAGGAGAGGGCGAAAGAAAGAACGCACGCCAUGCCCCCGGCGUUGCGGAUGAUAUGCGCGUCGCCCUCCUUGAAGCCGAGCUGCUUGAACGGGCUGGUGCGCCUGGUGAAUCUCGGGCACGGCGGUCGCGCGGGGAGGGACGUUACUUUAUCCGCGCGUCCAUGCAGGUCACUGUGGGAAGCAGCGCGUUGGUCAGGACGAGUGAUGAGCGAAAUAGGGAGCAGGACGCCUGA